AUGGCUCUUGGCAGUACACCCCUCUCCCCCAAAACCCAGCAAGAUCUGAAUAUGUCCUUGCCUGCUCUUCCUCCUCUCCUGCAUACUCGUUCUGGAAACGAGAUGUACGACCGACCUCACACCCCAACAACGCCCGGUGGCGGCCCUCUCCAUGGCUUCACCAGUCCCGUACAAACUCCUACUGGGAGCCCAAGCAAGAAACAGUUCCCUCCUGGCGCCAAUGACCUGCCAAAUAUCUUUGACAAUGCCAUGAAACUGGCUCCCAUGUCUCCUUCCAAAACACAGCCAAAGUCGCCUACCAAGGAACACCAAGAUCCAUUCGCAGACCCGCCUCAACAAUCAUUUGGUCGCUCCGAGAGCCCGACGCGUCAGUCAAACAAGGAAAAUGCCCCUGUUGGCGGAUAUGGCUAUAGCAAAGGUGGUCAGCAGAACCAUGCUGCCAAUGCACGCGAACAGCAAUAUCGAACAGCGGACAAGAAGACGCUCACUACGACCAAAGGUCUGACAACUGAAGAGAUGCAGAAGUUACAGUCUCCCAAGGUCAAGCGGCUCGCAAACGUGACUCAGUUGUACUUCCUCGACUACUACUUCGACCUGCUCUCCUACGUCCACAACCGUCAGUCCCGCCAGGCGGCCUUCCAGUCCACCUUUCCCGGUCCGCCAGAAACGCCUAAGGAAGAGUAUGAUACUGCGUUGCACAAAUAUCUCGGUCGUGAGCGAGCCAAUCUCCGAAAGCGCCGCACUCGUCUCCGCCAUGGCGAUUUCCAGAUCCUCACCCAGGUCGGCCAGGGAGGCUACGGCCAAGUCUAUCUCGCACAGAAAAAAGACACCCGCGAGGUCUGCGCCCUCAAAGUCAUGCGCAAGAAACUGCUGUUCAAACUCGACGAAGUCCGCCACAUCCUCACCGAGCGAGACAUUCUCACGGCAGCAAAGUCCGACUGGCUCGUCAAGCUGCUCUACUCCUUCCAGGAUGAAGAGCAAAUCUACCUCGCCAUGGAGUACGUCCCUGGAGGUGAUUUCCGCACGCUCCUCAACAACACCGGCGUCCUGCACAACCGCCACGCGAGGUUCUACAUCGCCGAGAUGUUUUCCUGCGUUGACGCUCUCCACACCCUGGGCUACAUCCAUCGCGACCUAAAGCCAGAAAAUUUCCUCAUCGAUGCGACUGGUCACGUUAAGCUUACAGACUUUGGUCUCGCAGCUGGCAUGCUCUCGCCCAUCAAGAUCGAAUCCAUGCGCAUCAAGCUCGAAGAAGUCGGCAACACGCCCGUCCCCUUCGGUAUGCCAGCUGUGGAGGACCGGUCCGCCGACCAACGCCGCGAGGGCUACCGCUCCCUUCGCAAGAAGGACAUCAACUACGCGAAAUCGAUCGUCGGAUCUCCAGACUACAUGGCCCCCGAGGUCCUCAAAGGCGAAACCUACGACUUCACCGUCGACUACUGGUCCCUGGGCUGCAUGCUCUUCGAAGCACUGGCAGGGUAUCCACCGUUCGCGGGCGCCACCGUCGACGAAACCUGGCAGAACUUGAAGCGCUGGCAACGCGUGCUCCGUAAACCCAUCUACGACGACCCCAACUACUUCCUCUCCAAGCGCACCUGGGAUCUGAUUACUCGUCUCGUCGCCGCAAAGGACCACCGGUUCAAAUCCAUCAACGAGAUCCACAAGCACGAGUACUUUGCCGAAGUGGACUUCAACACGCUGCGCGAGCAGAAGGCGCCGUUCGUGCCGGAGCUGGAUUCCGAGACAGAUGCCGGUUAUUUCGACGACUUCUCGAACGAGGCCGACAUGGCCAAGUACAAGGAGGUGCAUGAUAAGCAGCGCGCACUCGAGGACAUGGCGGAACGGGAUGAGAAGAUGGCCAAGGCCCUCUUCGUCGGGUUCACCUUCAGACACCGCAAGCCCGAGACCGAAGGAGGCAGUCCCCGCAAGCGCAUCGACACGGACGGCGCCUUCGGGACCAUCUUCUGA